CACGGCAGCAGCAAGAGCAGCUAUCAAAGGCAGUUGUCAUCUCCCUCCUGGCUUGGAGCGUGCAUUCAAUCCAACAACGCACGCAACUGCAACCCUCCUCACUGCUGGCCAGCAGGGUGCAGGUGCCAAGUGAAAACCUCGGCCGAAGCACAAGACCGUUGGGUGCAGUCAGCGGUGGCGCCUCUGCUUCUGGGCUGUUUGUUAUGCACAUAGCCACUAGGCUGGCUGUAGCAUGUCCUAUCCAUUCACUGACUCCAAAGCCCAGCAGUCUUCCGUCUAUCCCUCGUACCCGUCUUAUCCAACCUACCCACAGGACGGCGGGGAGGACGGAUACGGUGGCAACUACAGCGACCACACCCGCUAUCCGACCAACGAGUCCGACCAAGCUGCGUACGCGAACCAAGCACAGCGCCUGCACCAGCGCAGCAACUCGCUCGUGAGCGACGCAGCUGGCACUGACGGUGACAUGCAUGGCGUGCAGGAAAAGGACAACGCUGGUGGCGUCCACGGCGCGGGAAAUAUGCACGCGAUGCGUGACCCUUCGUUCGCAUUCGGGCCGGGUGGUGUCGCAGCGCCCUUGGGGACCUACUCGGAGAAGAGCAUCUGGUCCAAGGAGGACAAGCGCGCGUUCCAGGAGCGAAGCCACUUCGCCAAAGUCUGCGGGCCCAUCUUUUGCGUUGUGAUCCUCGCUGCCAUCACCAUCAUCUCGGCAGUCUGUCUGGUGUUUGUCUUCGCUCGGCCACCAAACUUUGCGCUUGACGGAGCGACGGUCCCGGUGCCGUACGUAGAUGCCACCAACUCGGCCUUUGGCUUUAACACCACCAUCGACUUUUCUGUGUCCAACCCAAACUCGAUCUCGGCGACGGUCCAGCACCUCAGCGCUGUGAUCACCACAAAGAACGUGCCGAACGUGACGAUCGGUAAAGGCACGCUGAGCAACCAAAAGAUCGCCGCCAACACCAACACAACGAUCCACUUCCCGCUCAGCAUCUCGCUGUAUAACCCGACAGAGGACCCCAACAACGAGGCGCUGCAGAGCGUCGCCACGCAGUGCGGCUGGAAAAGUGGGAGCGGAAGCUCCUCCGGCACCGUCACUCUCAACAUCAAGGCAAACGGAAAGAUCUCCGUCCUCGGCAUCGGCAUCGCUAUACCCAUCUCAACGACCAUCAGCCCGGGAUGCCCUUCGCUAAGCGCCAUCGAGUCCGCGAUUGGCGCGCUCAGCGGCAAUUCCGACCUCAGCAAGAUUAUCGGACAGCUGCUCAGCGGCAGCGGGCGCCGCGCUUUGGCGCUCGCGAGCACCCGUGGCAGCACCACUUUCCGCAAAAUUGGUGCGUCCAGUUCGGCGACGUUGGCCAGCCCAGCGACGUUGCCGCACUGGUUUGUGAACCUAUUCCGGAAGGCUGACGUCAAGCUGAAGGGCUACCACGGCGGCGGAGGCGAGAGCCAGGCGCAGCCAGCGCCGGCGAAAGAGAGUAGCAAGCACCAACACCAACAGAAGAAGACAACGACUACUACGACAAAGAAGACCAACACCAAGUCGGUCCCCUGGUCUGCAGAGCAAUGGUGGGGGUGGCGCAAGCGCUCGGAUAUCGAGGCCGAGGACGCCCAGAUGCAGAAGCGGGAGCAAGUUGCCGCAGCAGCUGCUGCCGUUUGGGCGGACCAGGCGCACAGUGCGACGCUAUGAUACACGAAAGCAGCCUGGUGCAGGCUACUGCUGCUUUUGCCCCCUUGUUCACACCCGCCUCUUACCCUGCUCUGUUCUCUCGCUGUCUGUGUGCCAUGGACGAUCUCGCAAAAUGGACCAACAACGGACCCCUUGCAAUGAACUGACCCUUCCUCUUCGGACCGCUCCUGGGCCCGUUUCUAGAAGAACCACUGUAACAUAAUCCGCGUGCCGCCCUUUUCUGUAGCAUUUUCACACCCUCUACCCCCUUCUCGCUUUCUCAUACUCUGCCGGCAAGCACCGAGCAGAGCGUGACAAUGGAAUAGCAUGCUUUCAAAGUG